UCUCUCUCUCUCUCUCUCUCUCUCUUUUUUUCUCCCGCUCGUUGGUGAUGGCGCUGAAACAGCUUUUCUUGCGUUACCUGUCGACUUAAACCAUGGCACAAUGUUUACGCUCAACGGUCAGAGACGGUACAACCGCGCGAGUUUUAAACCGCCGGAGACUUGUACGCGCACUCCGUUCGGCUCGGAGCGGUAGUUCGGCACUACAUCCGAUCGCUCGCGGUUGUGGUUUUCUAGUGUUCCGUUGGCGCUUCAGCUCGUUCGGUGUGUACGUAGUAAAAUCGUUCCCCGUGUCAUAAGCGGCUCGUGAAAAAGAAAUUUCCAAACCACGUGCCGGUGUGUAUUUGUGUUGUAUGUGUGAAAUUCUGUGGGUUGUUGAUAUACCGUGUACGUGUGCUGUGUAAAUUUAGUUGGUUGUUUUUUCAAUGUUUUGUUGAGAUUUCGCACUAAUUUGUUAACCCAGUGAAAAAAUCGUCUUUAACAGAGUUUUGUGUUGUUUUUUUUCUUAUUUGCUAUGCUGGGAACAUAAAUCCAGAUAAACAAAUCGUUUGUGUUGCGUUCCUUUUUAUGUUUAGUGCAUAUUUGUUCUAUUUAACGACAAAAUGUGCCGCAAUUAGUCGUCACUGGUAAUUGUCCUUCACGCUCGGUGUUGCCAAAAAUUCUACCUUGAAACCAGUUCGUAAAAUUCGUACCAAACGGCGGAAACGCUCGGUAAAUCGGUUAAAGUGAAAAAAAGAGAAGAGUUUCCCUCUCUGUUAUUGGAAAGUGCAUCCAUCGCGUGUGUGUGAUUGUGACGCCGAAAACGUAACCGUUAGUUGAAAAAGAAAGUGCGAACACACAAUUAUUACUUUUCCAUGUAAGCAACCCAGUUCAAUGUUGCCGGUAGCAUAAUAAGGGAACGUACGCGUAUCAAGUGCAAGGUAUAAAAGUGAUUAGAAGCAGAAGCAGUGAAAGAAGCAAAGUACAGAAAACAAGUGUAACUAUUAUUUGCCUUCAAACGGCAAAACGGUACAGUAAACAAUCAUCGUAGCAAUCCGUAAUUUGGCAGCAUGAGUAGGUGCAUAAGUUAGGAUACGAAAGGUUAGCACCAAACAAAACAAAAAAAAAACAUCAUUUGUUGCCAAGGUAAACCACGCAUUAACGCCCGCCGGUGGCGCAUCUUCAGGUGAAAGUGCAAGCUUUGCCACAUUUGACAUCGCCCGAAGAACAUUUCACUACGGGAGCGGUAACAUGAAAUUGUCCAAGCAUGCCGACUGCAUGCAAAUACGAGCUUUGCUAAAGAAGGACUAUCUCGUCCGGAUACGACAACCAUGGAUGACUUUGAUACAGUACCUAUGGCCGUGCAUGAUCUUUGCCGCUCUGUACAUACUAAGAAAUCGGUUCCAGGCGGUAGAGAUAAACGACUGUCAGUUCCCUACCCGUAACCUGCAGGCGAAUGGUAUCCUGCCCUUAUUCCAGUCAUACAUCUGCACGUUCGAGAACGAGUGCCAGGAUCCAAAAAGUUACGCCGAAACGGAAGAUUUCAACGAUGCACCGGUAACGCCCGUGGUAAACAUCGUCCAGAUCAUACUGGAUAAUAAACCUCUGUACGAUGCGAUCGUAGAGCUACCGAUCGAUCGAAACUUUAUCUCUACCGUUACCACAAUAGUAACGCAUCCAAAGUUUAAAGAAAUUGAACGCAAUGGAGAUCGUUUAGUGAAGAUGCUACCGGAGAUACGCAACAAGAUCGGUGGUUCGUUUGACAUUUUGCAACUGUUUUCCGAUGAUCAGACGUUUUCCAAGUCGGGUAAUAUACUGUGCGGUCGGCCAUUUCCGCGCAGUGACAACAUUCGGUUUGUGGACAACAUUCUUUACACGCCGGAUUAUGCUGGGGCGGAUAAGGAUGAGCUGGACGUGAUGCCAACGCCGUACUGCAAGCAGCUGUACCUCGAUGUUACAAACACGAACAACGGCAAGAUCACGUGGCGUUUUCUGAAGCCUAUUCUCCAGGGAAAGAUUCUUUACGGACCAACAAACGAGCGCAAUGAUGAAAUCAUGAACCUGGCCAAUCAAACGUUUGAUGAUAUGGGUCGAUUGGGUGAAUUGUUCCGUGCGCUUGAUACCACUUUGCAACUGUUGCGCACUGAUGAAGAGGUACAGGACAGCUUCCAGGGUUUAAUCGAUCUAGCUAAAAGUCCGUUGGUGCAAAUGAUCGCCGGUGGAAAUGUGAACAUUGAGCUAAUCGAAAGCAUGUUGAACGGCAUCCUGCAUGACGAGGAAGUUGCCAAGGCAGUGAAUACGAUCGCGAACAUAUUUGACUGCUUUGCGGCCGACCGUUUCAUCCCGGUGGCAGAUGAAUCCGCGCUGGAAGAUCGUGCGUUUGAGUUGAAUCGCAAAAAGCUAUUCUUUGCCGGUGUUUUCUUCGAAAAUGGUACAACGGAAAACGAAAUCACGUACAAAAUUCGCAUGCGCACGGACGAUACGCCGGUGACGGUGGAGAAUCGCAAUCGCUUCUGGUUCCCGGGACCGGAGUCAAGCUUCGAGCUGGACAUGCGCUAUCAUCGUGGUUUUAUACAGAUUCAGCAUGCGGUCGACAUGGGUAUUAUUAGGCAAAGGAAGAAGGCAAUGUUUACCAAAGAGCGCAAGGAAGGUAACGACGAUAGCUCAUCCAAUGAUGGCGAGCUAGAGCUGGAUGAUGAGUUGGAUCAAGAAGACGAUCAGGAUGAUGCUGAUGAUAAGAGCGCAGAAAUAGGCAGCAAUGAGGAGUUGGAUGGAACUACCACUCCCUCUGCUGCAGUCUCAGCAGAAACGACUACUGAAAAUUUAACGUCAGUAUUCGCGGAUCUAAGCAAGCGAUUAAACUUGCCGCAGGACGUACUGGAUCGAUUCGGUGGCGGAAGCAAUAACAGUGCAUUGGAAGAUUUUCUCAACUUUAACGACGAUGAGGAAGAAGACACUAAUUCCGAUGCGUCCACAACAACCACCAUUAUACCUGUGCUGCAGCGGCGCAAACGACAAUCGUUUCUCGAUCUUCUGUUUGGUGGUAAAAAUAAAGCAUCCAAAGAUGAAGUGGAAUACAAGGUGGCAAACGAAAAAUUCUACACGAAACAAUUUCCCUAUCCAAAGUACACCAAAGAUGACUUCAAAAAGGGCAUUUAUCUGGCACAAGCUAUACAGAUGACUUAUUUCAUAGCACUAAUCGUGCAUGUUGCUUCGGCAGUACGGCAAAAGAUCUGGAUGAAGGAGAGUGGCAAUUCGAUGCUGAUGCGAUCAAUGGGUCUUAAAUCAGGUUCGGAAACCGUUUCCUGGAUCAUAACUACUUUCAUCGAAAUUUGUAUCGUUUUCCUGCUUGGACUGAUCAUCCUCUACGGUGGAGGCAUUCUAGCGUACUCCAGUCAGAUCUUCCUUUUCUGCUAUAUGGUAGUGUUUGGCAUUUGCUUAAUCGGAUUCUGCUACAUGUGCUCCAUGUUCUUUAGCUCGGCCAGCAUUGGUUCAGUGUCGAGUGUGAUACUAUUCUUGAUAACAUUCCUUCCGUACAUUAUUAUCAUCUCGCUUGGAGCUACCCUGUCCACAGUGGGAAAGUUCAUCGCGAAUCUGUCCUUCUCGACCGCUUUCUGUUACGCCUGGCGUCACGUGAUGCGCAUGGAGCUGCAGCAUCGUGGAGCAAAUUUUAGCCGGGCUUUCCAGGGUGCGAUCGCCGACAAUGAUCUCAAGUUUGGCAUACUCAUGAUUUUGCUUGAUGCCGUAAUAUACUUUACCCUAGGCUAUCUGUAUCAAUGUUUUAAGAAAGAUGAAACAACAUUCCAUACGGUGAAGCGCAUCAAACUGGACAAAAGCAUUGGUGCCGACCUCAGAAAUGUGGAUGUCACGUACGAGAAGGGCGGCAAGAAGGUGUUGAGUGACGUAUCGAUAACAUUCCGGCGUGAUGAAGUGACUUGUCUACUCGGACGUAACGGUGCAGGCAAAAGCACAAUCAUAAAAUUGCUGACCGGUCAGGUACUGCCCAUCGAAGGUGACGUUCAUCUGCCACUGGACUACGAUUUCAUCUCCGGCAUAAGGAACAAUGCGGAGAAAAUCGGGCUUUGUCCGCAAAACGAUGUGCUCAUACCGAAUCUUACUGCUAAGGAGCACCUGCAGCUCUACGCACGUAUCAAGCUGACACGUGGGUUCGGUACGGAAGUCUCACGUACGCUGGAUAAUCUGAAGAUGGGCCCUUACCAGCACUACAGAGCGUCUGAUCUGUCUGGAGGGUUUAAGCGCCGACUUUGCAUUGCAAUUGCGUUCCUUGGUUCACCGAAUCUGGUAAUUCUGGAUGAACCAUGUAGUAGUGUGGAUACGAAAGCACGCAAAUACAUCUGGGAGCUGAUCCAAACGCUACGAAAAGAUCGAGCAGUCAUACUUGCAACCCAUCAUCUGGACGAAGCAGAGUGUUUGAGCGAUAAGAUCGUCGUGUUGGAAAAUGGAAAAGCUAUACUGGAGCAAUCACAAGAAGAGCUGAAGAAACGGUUUACCAAUACUAUAUAUUUGAGAGUUCUCUUGAGGCAGCAAGCAGAUACGGACCGUACAGCUAUGAUUGCGCAGCUAAGCAAAUUGCUCGAUGGUACUGUAGAUUUGCGAUAUGAAAUGAGUGCUACGUUGAAUCAACUCGAUUUUAAGAUCUCCUCCUCUACCAGCGACAGUCAGGUGUUAAACAUUGAACUACUUCUGGAGCACAUGGCACAGCUGAAAUCAACCAAACAAAUUGAAUCGUUCGAGAUUCGUAAUGAAAAUUUGCUCAACAUCUUUAACACCGUCAACGCAAGUGAUCCGACAUCAGCCGAUCCAAUGUUGGUGAAUGGGAACGGAAACACCUCAUCGCACAUUCCAAACGGUUUUCAUGGCCCAAAAACGAAUGACUCUCAGCUUGGCACACUGUCCAUCAUGUAUACACUGUUCCGUAAGCGCACGCGCCAUUUCAUGCGCAACUAUCGCCUGUUGGUGUGUUUACUAGUGCUGCCGACAAUUUUUGAAAUCAUUGCAAUGGGUUUCAUGACCAUUCGACCGCCUGGGGAUCACGAUCAGAUGGUGAACUUUUCGACGGCACUCUACCCGAAAUCAGCAGAGUUCUAUACCAAUACAACUGAUGGGGACGAGUAUCGGGAUGCGAUCGUUACUGACCUUCUUGCGCAUUGUACGGACGGCUUGUGUUCUGUCUUUAACUCCUCACUGGAUGCUUAUCGAUGGAUUCUGUCCACCACGGAUGACUACGCGGAACGAAGGUACGGUGGCAUCACGGUCAAUAAGGAGAAAAAUAUUGUUUGGUACAAUAACAAGGGUUACCAUUCGAUGCCCACAUGGCUAAACAUGCUGGAUACGGCAGUGUUGCGGGCGGAACUGGACGAUCCAAGCUACACGAUCCGCACUAUUAAUCACCCGUUGAAGAUCGAGGAGGAUGAUUUGUCAAUAUCGUCAAUGUUGCAGCAAAUAGCAGAUGCUGGAAUAUCGCUAAUUAUGCUGUUGGCCUUCAGCUUGGUCGUCGCCGGGGCCUCGGUAUACAUUGUAAGCGAACGCAUUCGCGGAGAAAAACUUCAACAGCGUUUAGCGGGCGUUAACGUCUUUACCUACUGGACCGUAACGUACAUCUGGGAUGCUAUGAUCUUCCUCAUCGCAGUUGCACUGGCCGUGAUCGUGUUCAAGGCAUUCGCCCUACCGGCAUACGUUGCAAGGCAGCAACUCGAAGGAAUCGUUUUGUUGUUGGUGUUCUACGGCUUCGCAACCAUACCAGGGGUUCACCUGUUUGAGAAAUUGUUCACUGAUGCUAGCUUUGCGAACAUGUCUCUAUUUUGUCUGAACGUCAUUACCGCGUUGGGUACCCUGACCAUCAUUUUAAUGUUCGAUAUUUUGGGUGACAGCGAUCAGUCGGAGAAGAUUAGAAAUUUCCUGAACCGUGCGUUCCUUGUGCUUCCACAACACGCUCUUUCCGAUGGAUUGAUUGAGCUGUCCAAAAAUUACAUCACAGCUGAAAUUUUCAAACGCUACUACAUCGACUCAUACAAAUCCCCCAUCGAUCUUCUGCGGCCGCAUAUUAUCGCCUUGGUAGUGAUGGGGCUUAUCUUCAUGCUGAUGAACGUAGCGAUCGAGUACAAACUGAUUCAGCGCGCAUUCCAACGGAUCGCGGGUGUAUCUCACCCGAAAGCACACGAGCUGAACGGAAUCGAUACAACGGACUACAGUGCGAUAAGUCACUCGAUAAGUCGUGUGGAUGGAAAGAAAAAGUCCAUCACGGCGGAUCAGAUCCUAUCGGUGGACAAUCUGAGAAAGAAGUACCGUGUAUGUGGUGGAGGUGGAGGCGGUGCGAAAGGUCAGGAAGUCGUUAAAGAUGUAUCCUUCAAGCUGCACUACGGAGAGUGCUUCGGUUUGCUCGGCACAAAUGGUGCCGGGAAGUCCACCAUCUUUGCCAUUCUUUCUGGAGAACUGCUUCCAUCGGGAGGAAGUUUCACUUUCUACAGCAAUCACGGGCCAUCGUACUGUCCUCAGAACAAUUUCCUCGAUCCACUGCUCACGGUGGAGGAGGUGAUUCUGUUCUACGGUAAGCUACGUAAUAUCGAAUCCAUCGACAAAUUGGUAAUGGAAACGCUUAAAGAGUACCAUCUGGAGGCAUAUCGGAAGGUGCUGGUGAAAAAUCUCAGUGGAGGUAAUCGACGGAAGCUGUGCGUAGCUGUUGCUUGCUUCGGACAGUCGGAAAUUAUCCUAAUGGAUGAACCAACGAGCGACCUGGAUCCGGUUACACGUUCCAUCGUUUACAGUACAAUAGAGCGAUUAAACGCCCAGAAUCGCUCGAUUCUGCUCACCUCUCACAGUAUCUCCGAGAUCGAUAGGAUAUGCCAGCGUAUAGCGAUCCUGAAGGACGGUGAGCUGCUUACGGUCGAUACACCGGAACGGCUGAAGGAACGUUUUGGCCAUAGCUAUCAGAUAACUUUAUACCUGGAGGGUAUUCGCGAGGUGGACUUCUUGAGGGUCAUAAAGCGUGAAUUUGAUGUAACGCGCGAUAUCCUUCUGCAUAAGAAUUCCGUCCAGUUCGUGUGCCAGAUCUGUCCGGAGGUUAGCGUACAAGAAAAUGGAAAACCACACAAAAACGGUCACGUAACGAUCAUGCUAAACGAAAGUGGUAAUGGAGUGGUAGCACCGGGUAGCACCACAACCGCAACACACACGGCCAGUGAACUUUUCCUCAAACUGCAGCGCUUUGCCCAGGCAAACAAGUUACGGUAUACGAUUUCGCGCUGUCAGAUGGAUCAGAUAUUCGAAAAUGUUCUACAAACCCACGAGGAGGAUCACGCUAAUCCGGGUUUCGUCGACAGCUAGGAAAGGAUGAUUCAAACAAUCCUUUUUGUUGUAACAUAUAGGUACUGAUAGGAUUAAACUUUUAAAUUUGGUAAUGUUAAUAAAACCUUGGAAGCAGUGAUUUUAA